AUGAAUAUCGCAAUAAAUGGAUUCGGCAGAAUAGGGCGUAUGAUCCUGCGAGCAGCUAUCGAAAACGAUGCUGAAAUUAAUAUUAUCAAUAUUAUCAAGGAUCCCUCCCAGAUAUGUUCGGCAUACGCGGCAUCUCUCUUCAAGCACGAUUCGUCACAAAGGAGGUAUUUCAGAAAAGUUUGUUACGAUGAGAAACAUCUCUAAUAGUUAAUAGAAUGAAGUAUGAAGAUAGGCAUGAAAGACAGCCAAAUGAAAGCCAGAUGAAAGAUAGGCAGAUGAUAGCCAUGAAAAAAAUCCAAAAAAGUUACCGUGGAAA